AUGAUUAGGACUAGACAAGGAACAACCACAUCUAGAAAAGAGAAUAAAUCGACGAAGAAGGCAAAGAAACCUAUUGUGGAACACAAACAUGUGACCAAUGUGCAAAGCCUUAAGAUGAAGGGAUUUAUUAUUGGAGGUAAGGACGAUGUUCCGGUCAGAGGUCCCCCCCCCCCCAUGGAGCCACCAAAGGAGGUUAAAAAUAAAAAAAAGGUUAAUAAGUACAAUGAUCAUUCCUCAAAGAUCCCUCUUUUCUUGUCUCGUCGUACUAGGAAAGCUACCGAGGUUUCAAAAACUCAAUAUAUUGAUGUUGAGAAUUUCACCCAAACCCUAGACUCCAUUCAUGUAUGUGAUAAGCCACCUAGGAAAGAUGACAUUGAUAAUCUGUUUAAUGAAAGUCCUAUUAGUGAACCGGUAAGUGAACUUGUUGUUGAUACCUUCAUAUAUGGUAUUCUUCAUUAUUACCAUCAGCAUACAAAAGACUCUAGUCGUGAAGAUACAGUGGCUAGUCAGGCUGUUGAAGUGAAUGUUGUUGUCAACAAUGAUGUUGACUUGAAUGAAGAGCAAUAA